AGGUGCAAAGUGCCGAACAACAGUGACGAUAAACUAUACCUCUAAUGUAUUAACAAACAAAACUGCUGGUAAAAAUAAACAACAUUAUUAUGGAAACGACAAAUAUGGAAAGAAAUACUCAAGGAAUCGACAAUCCUGCUGCAACGCAAGAUGAUGGAAAUAAAUUAAGGCCAGAUCUAGUUAUAAGCGUGCAGCCGCAGUCACAAGAGAGCGUUCGCGCUGAAUUGCCCGUGUCCACAAUGAACUGGCAUUCCCGUAGCGGUGGACAGUUCAUUCCCAUGCACGGACUCGAUUUCCUUAUUGGCACGUCCAGUCUUGUUAUACAACAAACUGUAGAACUUAACGACCUUACAUCAAAAAUCGAUUCCGAAAAUCGGUAUAUAAUUCGAGUGCCGAACGGCGAGGCGUUAUACUUCGCUAGCGAGGUGUCAACAUCAACACAGCGAUGUCUCUGUGGCACGGGGAGGGCGUUCGUCAUGCAUCUUCAUGACAACACUCGCCAGGAGGCUAUAGUCUUCAGGCGGCGGCUAGCUGGGGCUUCCUGCUUCUUCCCUUGUAGGCUACAAGAGAUGAAAGUAGUAACACCUCCUGGCAACUACGUGGGACGCGUGCACCAGCAGUGGUCGUGGAUGGUGCCUUUCUACCUGGUGCGUGACGCCGAUGAUUGUGUGCUCUUCGUCAUCGAAGGCCCCGCUUCUUUGAAGAGAAGCGCACUCAUGUUGUCAGAAUUUAAGAUAAUGUCAGGAGACUCGUUACGUGAAGUGGGCAAGAUAUCCCACGGGUGGGAUCGUGAGUUGGUGAACUUCACGACGACGCUUGUGUUCCCGGAGACUGCGGUGCAACCCAAACACAAGGCCCUCCUAUUAGCUGCCACUUUCUUGAUGGAAUACACAUAUUUUGAAAGAGCCAAAUCAAGUUGUAUGCGUUUCAAUUGCUUUUAAAAGGCUUUAAGGGAAUAUUUGUUUACUUUUAUAUUA